CUCUUAAAAGCUAAAAAAAAGAAAAAAGAAAAAGGAAAAAAUCAACCCAAAGGUGUGGAUAGAAGACUCCAUCUGCGACCGUAUUUAAGCAUCAGUCAUGCUGUUAAAGGAGAAAGUGGACAUCCUCUCAAGGAAACUUUAAUCCUGUCCCCAAAGGAUUAAAAUCCUAUAACAAAUAUUUGUUUAUAACACAUCUUGACAAGAUCAAAACAUUCUGGUAGGGCACAUAGUAAAGACUAAAUCUUGAACAUUGACGAAAACUUCCUGAAAAGCCCAAUGUACUUGACAGGACAGGUGGCUGGGGUCCCGGGCCUAGGGAGGCAGGGCGGGGAGGCGCAGGUGUCACCGCGGGCGCCCAGCUGCUUAUGUCACAACCCGCAGAAGGCGCCACGCGCCGGUUGCUAUAGAGGCCGCACUUCACACCCCGCCCUGGCUCCCAGGCGCUCCCGCGUUCGGUGACGGCCGGGUAGGCUGUAGGCAGCGCGAUGCCAAGAGAGAGCUGCUGGCGGGGGCGGGCGAAUCUUCCUACAGCAUGAGCCUCGGGUCCGGCCCCGUUUGGGGCCGAUAAGCACAGCCCAGGCCGCCCUCCAUUUGCCCCGGGGCCUCGGCUGCGAAGAUAGCGGCGGCCGGACAGGAAGCCCGAGGAAAGCGCAGGGCCGCGUCUCUACCAACACGUGAAGGAAAAGCAGCUCCGUCCACAGCACCGCUUCGGGGCUCCUAGGGAGUCGGGCUCCAGGCCGCCACCGUCACCUCUGCCGCUGUCGCUGUCGCCUUGUUUUCCCAUCCCCCGCCAUGGCCGAGGACCUCUCCGCGGCCACGUCCUACACCGAAGAUGAUUUCUACUGCCCCGUCUGUCAGGAGGUGCUCAAAACGCCCGUGCGGACCGCGGCCUGUCAGCACGUCUUCUGUAGAAAAUGUUUCCUGACUGCAAUGAGGGAAAGCGGAGCACAUUGUCCCCUGUGUCGUGGAAAUGUGACUAGAAGAGAGAGAGCAUGUCCUGAACGGGCCUUAGACCUUGAAAAUAUAAUGCGGAAGUUUUCUGGUAGCUGCAGAUGCUGUGCAAAACAGAUUAAAUUCUAUCGCAUGAGACAUCAUUACAAAUCUUGUAAGAAGUAUCAGGAUGAAUAUGGUGUUUCUUCUAUCAUUCCAAACUUUCAGAUCUCUCAAGAUUCAGUAGGGAACAGCAAUAGGAGUGAAACAUCCACAUCUGAUAACACAGAAACUUACCAAGAGAAUACAAGUUCUUCUGGUCAUCCUACUUUUAAGUGUCCCCUGUGUCAAGAAUCAAAUUUUACCAGACAGCGUUUACUGGAUCACUGUAACAGUAAUCACCUAUUUCAGAUAGUUCCUGUGACAUGUCCUAUUUGUGUGUCUCUUCCUUGGGGAGAUCCUAGCCAGAUUACCAGAAAUUUUGUUAGUCAUCUAAAUCAGAGACAUCAGUUUGAUUAUGGAGAAUUUGUGAAUCUUCAGCUAGAUGAAGAAACCCAAUAUCAAACUGCUGUUGAAGAAUCUUUUCAAGUAAACAUCUGAAGGCUGUAGACAUCUCUGCAUCUUUGUACCUGCAAGUGCCAUCUUUAAGGGGGAAACUACAUGAAGUCACCGUUUCAGUAACUUGAUGUGUAUAUUAAUAAAAGUAAUUCAGUCAUUUUAGUUUUUUAUUGAAAAUAAAGGUGGGGCUUCUAAAAACUUCAUCCUCUUGAUAAGUUAAAAAAUGAAAGUUAUGACAUGAGCUUUAAAAGCAUAAAAAAGAUAUUUCACUAAUGUAACGGUAAAAGAGACUCCCUGUUGUACUUUAUCUUUUUGUAAUGUUAAAUAUUCUUGAAUUUUUCAUUAUUAUGUUGCUUUUGAAAUUUGGUGCAUUCCUCCCAUUUACUUUAUUAUUGUACACAUUUAACACACAGUAUCAAAGUUUGAACGAUGUGAUUGAUACAACCUAACAAAUCUGAGCCAGUUAUUAGAGUUGCAGAAUAGAAACUUGAAGUGCUAAAUGGAAUAAUCCAAAGGAAAUUUUUAAAAUGCAGAUUCUAGCUGAAAAAUUCAACUAUAAGAAAAUUGUAUUUAUAUAACAUUUACUAUUUUUGAAGACUAGUGAGAUUUCUGUAAUAAUUUUAGUUCUUUAAAAAGUGAAAGCUUGUUGUAAAGAUAUUUUCUUUUUGUUAUUAGAAGGAAAUACAAAGAGAAAAAUUUAUUUCUUUCAUGGGCAUUUGGUAAUUUCAGUCUUUUUGACUGAUUUGUAAGCCUGGAAUAUACUAAGCUGAAUAACAGCUCUUUGGCCUCAGAAUUUUCAGUAGCCAGUAUUUCUGAUUAACUAAGUUGAAACUCCUAUUAGAAACUUUCAGUUGGUGAUAUUGUAUUCUAGAGUUUGACUUCAUCUCAGUUUAGAAAUUUAUUCAGAGCUAAAGAUGUAUAUGUAUAUAUACAUAUACUUUUGUGUGUAUAUAUACACACACGUAUGUAUGUAUGCAGUUUGUCAGGUUAUAUAUAGAAUUUCUAUUAAGGAUUUUUUAAAUGGACAAGCAAUAGGGGGUUGAAGUGUUUAUCUGAUUUGUUAAAAUUUUGUAUGUCACCAAAUUUUUAAAAAGUGAUAGUCACAGUGCUAAGUGAUCUAGUUGGCUGCUAUUACACCUUAAAAAUUGAGUUUACACACACACAAUUACCUGUGUAUAUGGUGCUCAUUUGUUAUUCUCAAAUAUAAUGUCUGACCGUGAUAUAAUGAGAGAUUCUACCAACCACUGUUUCACUACUUUUUAGUCAAAAUUGGGUUUGUUCUUAGUAUUCAUUAGUGAAAAUCAUAAAGUAUUUUGUAGAAGGCCCAAAUCACAGAAUAAAGGACUAAGAGUGGAUUCGCUGACAUUCCAUACUAAUAAACAUUGUUUAUGCUUUCUUUAACAUAACUAAAAGAACAUAAAAGAGAAUCUCAGAAGUAGUUUGCUGCUAAUAUAUACAUAUAUUGUAUAAAAAGGUAUAUUUUGGUUUUGUUAAAACCCUUGUUGACUUUUCUACACUGAACGUUUUUUUAACUUGAUUUAAUAAAAAUGUUAAUUUUGGAAGUGGAGUUUUGUAAAAACCUUUUUCAGUCACACAGUAAAGACUUUAUGGAUUGUAAUAACAACCACAAAAAAAGCCAUACAUCUUAGUGAACAUAUGCCUUUGUUCUGUCAUUUUAAAGAGUGAUGUUUACUGUGUAUGUGCUUGAGCAUUUUCUCUGCAGUUACAUGGGUGUAAUUUAAAAAACAGCUCCUUUUUAAGAGACUUUUGACCAUAGUUUUUUUCCAGUUUAAAGCAGUAACUUUCAUAGUUUCUUUCAAAGUUUAAUACAUCCAGUAUGUCAAGUUAAACCAUUCUGGGAUUUGGAAACUUCUUUAAAGGAAAAUUGUAGUAGAGGUCAUCUUGAUGGAGUUGUGUUUUAAAGUUUUGUGAAUGAGUUAAAUAUCAUUGAUAGUCUUGUGUGUCUCACAUAUCAGCUUUUUCAUAAGGAAAAUACUAUUUGCUUUUAUCUGAGAAUUUCUCAGUAUGAAAAUGAUUGUUUAAAAUUUCCCCUCUUUUUGUCAGUGAAUUGGGAAUAGGGAUAGACUUUACAGAUUUAAUUUAUGGAAAUUAAAUUUAUGGGGAAAAGUUUUUAUUUUUAAUAUUAUAGCUGAGUCAGGAUUAAAAGAGGGAAACUGUAUUGAUACUCCCAAUACCUAAAUUUCACAGUACCACUUAGGAAAGCUAUUUCAACAAAUUAGUGUUUAGUUGUUAAACCGUCUUAUUUGAGAUGUAUUGCUUUAUUUUUCAAUUAAAAGUGGUUUUCUCCUA